UUCCUCCCUGUAUGACUUUGCCGAAGUCACUCAAUCUCCGUGUCUACAUUUCCUCGUUUCCGAGACGGGGGCAGUCCCGGUGCAGCAGAGGCCGUCGGAGAGGGAGCAGACGGGGCGCAGAGGGCCCCCGCCCGAGCUCCUGGCCCCGGCACGCUCUGGGCAUCUCCGCCUCGACUCGCCAAAGCUUUGAACCAGACCCAGGAGCACCUGUGCUGCGUUUUGAUUUGCUUUUGCAUCUGCUGGCAAGAUGCGUCCGAAACGUCAGAGAAGCGCGGAAGAAGGGAGUAAACGGAGCGACUUAACUCCUCCUUGCAAAGACUCGCCUUUCCUCCGAUCGCAGCGCAGCCGGGGUUAGUGUGAUCUUAACUCAAGCAAAGGUGGGAUAUCAUGGCUUCCAUCUGGGGUGGACACCGAGGGACAAUGCACGAUUACCCGGGCUUCAGCCCAUCAGUGGAUGCUGAAGCCAUUCGCAAAGCAAUCAGAGGAAUUGGAACCGAAGAGAAAACGCUCAUCAGCAUUCUGACUGAAAGGACGAAUGCACAGCGCCAGCUGAUUGUUCGGGAAUAUCAAGCAGCAUAUGGGAAGGAACUGAAAGAUGAUUUGAAGGGUGAUCUCUCUGGCCACUUUAAGCAACUUAUGGUGGCCCUUGUGACUCCUCCAGCUGUGUUUGAUGCAAAACAGCUGAAGAAAUCCAUGAAGGGAGUUGGAACCAGUGAACAGGCACUGAUUGAAGUCUUAACCACCAGAACAAGCAGACAGAUGAAGGAGAUUGCCCAAGCCUACUACACAGUAUAUAAGAAGAGUCUUGGAGAUGAUAUUAGUUCUGAAACAUCUGGUGAUUUCCGGAAAGCUCUUUUGACUUUGGCAGAUGGCAGAAGAGAUGAAAGUCUGAAAGUGGAUGAGCAUCUGGCCAAAAAGGAUGCCCAGAUUCUCUAUAAUGCUGGGGAGAACAGAUGGGGCACAGAUGAAGAUAAGUUCACUGAGAUCCUGUGUUUAAGGAGCUAUCCUCACCUGAAACUGACAUUUGAUGAAUACAGAAAUAUUAGCCAGAAGGACAUUGAGGACAGCAUCAAAGGAGAAUUGUCUGGGCAUUUUGAAGACCUACUGCUGGCAAUAGUUCAUUGUGCCAGAAACAUGCCUGCCUUUUUGGCUGCAAGACUGCAUCAAGCUUUAAAGGGUGCUGGAACUGAUGAGUUUACUCUGAACCGAAUAAUGGUUUCCAGAUCAGAAAUUGACCUUUUGGACAUUCGAGCAGAGUUUAAGAAGCAUUAUGGCUAUUCCCUAUAUUCAGCAAUUAAAUCGGAUACUUCUGGAGACUAUGAACUCACGCUCUUAAAGAUCUGUGGGGGAGAUGACUGAGUCAAGAACAUAAUCUCCGAAGGUCACUGCUCCACGACGGGCCUUUCCAACAGUCUGCUUACUCCUUUCUCAGAGUUUAAAGUAAAAGCAAGUGUAAACAGCAAACUGUUUUCCUAAUGGCCAUUUUCAUCAUUCCAUAAUAACAACAAAAAGUGAUUAUAGUAGAGCAUCUCAGCAUCCUGUAGUAACUCAUAAAUGAAAUUUUUAAAUGUAUUAAGGAUCUGCUAAUAUGAUACAAAUUAUUUUUCUGCUUAGGAAGUGAGAAUCUUUGUAGAAUUCUAACACAUUAAAUUUGUAAUCAGAGUCAAUAAAAGUUUUGCUUUUAUGAAAGGAAA